GUAGUCGUUCCACAAUAUAUCUGUCCACAUAUAAUCACUGAGACACAGAGGACAUAUCCAGUUGAACACAGUCGAGCUCUACAUAGAUGCAGAGUUAGGUUGAGGUCACAAUGGGAUCACUUGAAAAUGACAUCAAUCAAGAUUUUCAGGAUGCCAUUGAUGUAAUUCAGCGUCACUCUCAGAUACGACACUGUGAUAAUGAAAAUAAAUACUAUGAGAAUUUGGAAAGCCCACAGUCCUCCGUGAGACAUGCCAUCUCAUACUAUCAGUUCACACCUCAUUUUGAGCCUCCAGGACCGAUGUAUGACUGGAAUGAAUCCUCAUCAUGGUCUCACAUCGUGCCAGAUGUGUCUCUGGGGCCGUUGUGUUCUACUGAGCCUUCAGCGUUUUACUCGAAUUUACCACAGCGCCACGGAAAAGGUCGUAAGAAGUUACGCUUAUAUGAAUAUUUGCACGAGGCUCUACACGACGACAACAUGGGUGACUCCAUCCAAUGGACGGACCGAGGGAGCGGCAUCUUCCACUUCAUCUCAAAAAAUAAAGAAAAACUGGCCGAAUGCUGGGGUCAGCGCAAGGGCAACCGCAAGACCAUGACCUACCAGAAAAUGGCACGUGCGCUCCGCAACUACAGCCGCACGGGUGAGAUUGUGAAAGUGCGUCGCAAGCUCACGUAUCAGUUUAACCCAGCUAUACUGCAGCGAUUGAGCUCACUGUCAGGCUACAGCUCAGGCCCUUCGUCCAGAGACAUGGCCCUUCAUCAGCAAGGCUCUGCUGAGCACGUCUACUACAGCUCUCCUCUACCGGACUGUCAUUACUGGUAUGGCCAAUACUCUUACCAGGGCGACUAUGAUCUUGCUACUGUUCUGACAAUGCAUGAGGACCCCAAAAUUGGUGUUUCAGCUCAGUGAUUCCUGAAAUUUCUGUCUUUUACAAGGGAGAUUCUUUGAAAUAAACCUUGAGAAAGUAAAAAUGUUCAAAAUGCAUUAGAAAGGAGUGUAUGCAUGUAAUACUGGUUUUUGAAUGAAAUUAAUACAUUUAUCAGCGAGGAUGCAUUAAAUUGAUCAAAAGUGGCAGCAAAGACUUCCACAAUUUUACAAAAGAUUUCUAUCUCAACUAAAUCAUUUUUAAGAGAAUCACAAAAAAUCCUGCUAAAAUUCAGCAUCGACAUUGCAGGGAUAAAUUACAUUUGAAAAUGUAUUAAAACAGAAAACAGUUAUUUUAUAUUUUAAAUUGAAAUCAUAUUUUACAAUAUUACUGUUUUUUGUUUGUUUGUUUUUUUUGAUGAGCAUAAGAGACUUCUUUCAAAAACUUGGACCCCAAACUUUUGAACAGCAGUGUAUAUGUACAGUAAUAUUUGGACACUCAAAAUAUAUUAAUUAUUGCAUUAAAAAAUAUCAAACCAACUAACAUUUCUUUUAAAAUGACAGCAGAGCGAGCACUUUUUUUUUAAGCAAAACAUUUCAUAGAAAGUUUUUAAAUAAUUAAAAUACAAGAAAAAAAUGGUUCAGAAAAUAUUUUGAUAUUUUGUAUGCAAUUCUAUAACAUUAUUAUUAUGCAAGUGUCUUAUAUCCACAUACUUUUUGGUAUCACUCUACUGUUUGUUUCUAUAACAGUCUGUCUUCAUAUUUAUCUACUUUUCUCAACUUGUUUACGUCAGAUCAUUUGUUUUAUCACGCAAAUAAAGUUUCCUGUCUUGAAAAUCCCAAUGAAUUUGUUUGUUAAACUCUCCACUGUGAGACACAUACGCUUGAAGCCGCUGUAUAAACUUUGGCGCUGAUUUCUUUGCAAAUGCAUUGGGCCAAGCUUAUCUAAUUUCACAGAGAGUAGAUUGUUUGUGACUGCUUUCUGUGUCAUAUUACAAACCGAUCUCAAAUCACCUUCCUCUUUGUAAGAUAGCAAUCAAACACUAAUGUAGUGCUGCUGUAUAAUUUUCAUACUGGACAAU